UUGUUUCAUGUUUUCAGCAUUUGUUUAUCUAUUCUGAUAUGACCAAAAACAUCUAGAAUUUAAAAGAAAUUAAAAUUUACGUCUGUAGAAACACAAUAUUCUCCUCAUGUUGUUUCUAUAAACGUAUUGAUCGACUUCUGAUUGUAAACUGUAAAUUAUUGAUCAUAUUAGUCAUAUUUAAUGUUUGGAAAAUAUUGUUUAGAAGAUAAAAAAAAUAUACAGUUUGAUUUAUUGAUUAUAGAUUAACUCUGUGAUGAUGAAUUAUUGAUCCUUCAACAUGUCAUACACAGUACAUUUACUUUCUAUUAAAAAAAAAAGUGUGAGGUACAAAGAAAUUUUAAAAUUUGCAAUAAUCUUCAGCUUUUAUUUUGAAGAGCAACUUCCUGUUUGUAUCUGAAAUGUAGUUACACCUACGCUAACUUGACAGUGGACAUCCUUCUCCCUACCACAAUAAAAGUUUCCUCCCUUCUCUGUCACACUGCGGACUGUUUUGUCGGGAUGCGUUUACGGUUCGGUACCAGCACACCUGCGGCUCAUCAACGUAACCCGUGUUUACUUCACAGUCACCGGAGGAAAGCUCCGGUUCUUUUCUCACUGUCUUAAAAUGUUCGUCGUGGCCGUUGAUGUUGACAAUGGCGGAUUAACGAGGUUACCGGCCGUUUUACCGACGCUGCGUUGACUGUUUUCUCCAUUCUGAGAGAUGUAAACGGCCACAACAACAAACCGGGGUUUGUUAUGCUUUUUUUCCUUUCCGGUUUUCCGGUUGUGACGGUUGGGAAGCUAACGUUAGCACGCUAAAUCAGAAUGAACGGCGGUGACAGUGGCAGCUCGGCCCGCAGCCGCUCCGGACGUCCUCUGACCGCGGACUAGCUCCAGAAAACACCCACUUUUAAUCUCACACAUAUUUAUUUAGGUCGUUUCAUCUCCUUAUUAAUUAAUUUGUAUGUUUUUGGACAAAAUGAGACGUUGGUGGAUUAUUCGGCCCCCGGUAAUAACCUCCCGUACGAUGGAGAUUUAAGGAUCCCGAACGGAGAGAACGUGACCGCUGAACAGCAUCAGAAAAUUAUUCGUUUUCUAAUCUCAAACAGCUUUAUUUGGUAUUUUCUUGUACAUUGCUUGUCGAUUUCGGAUCUUUGGGACUAGAGGAGACCUUUGUGGAUAAUUCGGCCCCCGGUAAUACUCUCCCGAGUGAUUGGGAUGUGAGGUACGGGCAGCAUUAGGAUCCCGAACCGAUAGAAGCUGAACCUGCCGUCUACUAUAAUAAAAACAGCAUUUUUAAAACCUCAAACAGGUUUAUUUAGUAUUUUUGGGGUUUUGCGUACCGGGUCCGUAUGUUCGGGACUAGGGGAGACCUUUGUGGAUAAUUCGGCUCCAGGUGAAACCCUCCUGUACGAUGGGGACUCAGGGACCGGGCAGGAAGAGGACCCCAAACCGGGAGAAGCUGACCGCUGAGGACGAUGCUCUCAACCAGAUCGCACGAGAGGCGGAGGCCAGGCUGGCGGCGAAGCGAGCAGCGAGAGCCGAGGCCCGAGACAUCAGGAUGAAGGAGCUCCAACAGAAAGAGCUGUCUCACAGCCACAAGAGGUAUUAUGGUCUGGAUAAUAAGUGGGGUCACAUUGAACAGUGGAUGGAGGACAGUGAGCGAUAUUCUCGCCCCUCACGGAGACACGCUUCGAUGUCAGAUGAUGAAGAGAGGAUGUCUGUGGGGAGUCGAGGCAGCCUCAGGCCCUCUGACUAUAGCGGGUUUUUCGGCUCCGGCUCCAGAACUUCCUCCAGGGCGAGUUCUGCUCGUGCGAGCCCAGUGGUGGAGGAGAGACCGGAGAGAGACUUCGCUGAUAAAGGCUCGAGGACGGCAUCGACGCUCUCCGCGGCCACGCUGGCGUCUCUGGGCGGCGCCUCGUCUCGCAGAGGAAGCUGCGACACGUCUUUCUCCGUGGAGACGGAGGCGUCCAUCAGAGACAUGAAGGACUCUCUGGCUGAGUCGGAGGAGAAGUACCGUAAAGCGAUGGUUUCUAUCGCUCAGCUGCACAACGAGAAGUCGGCUCUGAUGUACCAGGUGGAGACUCUGAAGGAGGAGCUGGGAGACACCGAGGAGCUGCUGUGGGAGGCCCGCAGACACUGUGACGACCGCACCAAGGAGUGCGAGCGUGAGCGCCAGGCUCACCGUGUCCUGCAGUUCCAGUUUAAAGAGAUGGAGGAAACUCUGAGACAGGCUGAAGCUGUGCUCACGGAGGUGUCUGAGCUGCGGAUGAAGAGCAGCAGUUAUUGUCAGGAGGUUUCUGACCUGCAGGAAGUCCUGCAGUGGAAAGAGAAGAAGAUGGCGGCGUUGGAGAGGCAGAGAGAAAUCUCCGAAAUCGUUCGGCUCGAACGCGACCGGCUCAGAGACGAAGUGGCCCGACUGCGAGACUUACUGAAGGAACACGGCGUCGUCGUGGUCGUCGCUACGCCUGAGGUCUCCACCAAUGGGGAGACGGGGCAGGGCGAGGCAGAGGAUGAUGUCAGUGCAGAAACAGCCUCCCGAUUGGCUCAGGAAAUGUCUCCUGCUGGCAGAGAGAGCAUGAUGGAGCUCCGGCUGAAGAAACUAUUCGAGGAAAGAGACAGUUUACAGGACCAGGUGAGGCUGUUAAAGACUCAGCUGGAUCAGAGGCCGAAGAACGGGACGGACGUGGUCCAGGAUCCAGAGGGGGGCGGCCAGGAGAACGGGAUGGACUCUCAUCUUCUAGAUCUACAGAGAGACGCCAACAGACAAAUCAGUGAGCUCAAGUUCAAACUGGUGAAAUCUGAACAGGAAGUCACGACUCUGGAACAAAACGUGAUUCGUCUGGAAGGUCAGGUGACUCGAUACAAGUCGGCGUCUGAAAACAGCGAGAAGAUGGAAGACGAGCUGAAAGUGGAGAAGAGAAAACUUCAGAGAGAGCUGUCGCCCUGCUCUGGACCGGAUAGAAGAGCUGGAGAUCAGCAACACGCACCUGUCCAAGCGUCUGGAGAAGAUGAAGGCCAACCGAAACGCCCUGCUGGCCCAGCAGUGACACCACGUCUCCAUCUCCGCCUCAGAGAGACAAUCAGCGCUCGUUUUCCCUCUGCAUGCAACGCCACCCGGGUGGAGUUAACCUGAGCGGAAAACCAACCAAAAACAGGCAUCCAUCGGUCAAUCACGGAGACGUUUAAACUGUCUGUAAUGUAGCUCUAACGAUCCCGGUGCCAUGAACGCACGCAGCUUACACACAGCGACUCUGCGUGGGUGGAGUUUACCACAAACGCUCGAUUAUUUCACUCUUUAUUUAUUUAGUGUCAAAAGGGUCCACUGACAGACUCAGAUUAUUAUUCUAAGUGUCUGACAACAUAUAUGGAAA